GCUCAGUAGAUACAGGGAGCUUGCAGAAGUAUGAGGAAGUUCUGUAGAGCGGGACAGAUCAUGUGGAUACAUAGUUAAACUCACUGCAAGUGACAAGUAUAAAAGCAAUACAGCCAGCUGAUUUGUACACAAAGGAAGGUCCUGUAACACACAAGUCGGAGCUUUCACCAUCCACCGGAGAAAGCCUAUUGAUAUUCCUGCAGUGAUGCUCAACCCUGAGGUAAGGAGAGGAGUGAGGACUUUUGGACAACUGAAAAGCAGAGUAGAAGAACUAAAAAACCCUUGGCGACAAAGUCCUAAUUUGGUCCUGAAUUAUAAUGAGUCUGCACGCCUGGCCACGGAUGCUUUGGUGGAACAAGGAGAAAAGGCAUAUCUACAGGCGCUGUGUGAGGAAAAAGAACUGCCCUUUUUAUCCAGCCUAGACAUUGACUAUAUCUGCAGUAGCACAAGUAUCAAUAGAUAUGAGAAUGUGUCGUUGGAUAAGGAUGGAGAUGCCAACGGUUCUGGAUUUCCCGAAUGCUGUCCUUCUGAGCUGACAUCUGGCACCUAUUUUCCUAUGAUGUCUGAUAUUGAAGCUCCUAAUCUGGAGCAUGGAUGGCCUGAAAUUCCGCUUCUCACUCGCAGUAAAGGAACAGAAGUGCAAGUUAUCUUCCAAAGACAUCGCAACAACAGCAUCAAAGAUCUCAUCAGAUCGCUCAUCAAUAAAGCAAAAUCGGUCAUUGCAUUGGUCAUGGAUCUUUUCACAGAUGUGGACCUCUUAUGUGACAUGAUAGAAGCGGCAAGUAAAAGAAAAGUUCCCGUUUACCUGUUGCUCGAUGAGAAGAACCUCACAUACUUCAUAGAGAUGUACGAAAAGUUGGGAUUUAGUAAAAUUCAAAUCCCUAACAUGAAGAUCCGCACUAUAACUGGAGACACAUACUGUACAAAGUCUGGGAAGAAAUUUUCUGGACAGUCACUAGAGAAGUUUGUAUUGAUUGACUGUGAGCACGUCAUUGCUGGUUCCUACAGUUUCAGCUGGCUUUCGGGUCACAUCCACAGCAAUAUGGCAACCUACUUCAAAGGGAAUAUAGUGGAAGAGUUUGACAGGGAAUUCCGAUGUUUGUAUGCCGACUCACUAGAAAAUGACUACUUUUCUAAUGUGGAAAAUGAAAGCAGUAAGUCAUUUGGGCCUACUCCUACAAGAAGCAGAUUUCAAGCUGUGAAAGUUACUCCUCAACCACCUCUAGUCCUUGAACGUUCCUUCCCAUCUGACAGUAACUCUAGUUCCGACAGCCAAAAUAGCAUAAAGACACCACCCUUUGUAAAUCACCAGGCAGUCACUGUGAUUCGGGAAGAGAAACCAGUAGUGUCAAGAUAUUUCCAAAGGAACUCCAAUGAUAAACAUGAUGAGAGACUUAAACCAAAAGUGGAAUCACCCAAAAACCAGAGGAGACCGUCCGCUCCUUACACCAACCAAAAUAACCUAUUGGUCAUGCAGAAACAGGCAUUAUCAAAGUCUACCCCUGAUCUGAUCGAUUCGCCUUCUCUCAUUAGAGCCAAGUUUGAACAACCUCAGAAUAAACUUCUACUUCCACAAAACAAGAUGUCCCCAAGAAUGAAAAGUGACGUAGCGCUAAAUAAAGGAACAAAUUCUGACCGCACUACUGCAAAUAAGACUCCUUUGGCUGAUAUUAAAAGGGAGGACAUUAGCCAUGAUUUUAAAAGAAUGACCCUUGGACACAGUAAAUUAGAACUUAUCAAAGAAGCUAAUAACAGGUUACUAGAGAAUAAAGUGUUCAGUCGCUUUCAGGCUCAGCCGUGAGCUCUAUGACGUAACAGUAGGGACUUUUGAAGAUGGCAACAUUUUACCCCAGUUUGGUAAAUAAUGUGUGGCGUCAUGGUGCUCUCUGCCAAGGUGGCUUGUUUUAAGAGUUUGAAAUCUUAUCCAUCAUCUCAUAUUGCGCUUAGUGGACUCUAAAUAUAGUAUAUUCUUUAUUAUGCAAUAUGUUCUAUAAAGUAUUUAUUAAUGA